AUGGUCGAGGGAAAGUUGGAUGGUGAAAUACUGCCGGCGCCGCCGAAGCGGGCGUUGACGGCGUACUUGAUCUUCUGUCAGCGUCAUCGAGAGAGAAUCAUGCGGGAGAUUCAGCCGGAUCCGUCAUCAAAGUUUACAAAGGAUCAGAUGCAGCAGGUGACGACGCGUCUCGCGGGACUGUGGAAUAACAUCUCGCCGAAGGAGCUGAAGGAAGUGCAGGGACAGGCGGCGAAGUGCAAGGCAGAGUAUGAGGCUCAAAAGGCGCAGUUUUCGCCGGCGAUGUUAAAAAAGAUCGCUCGAAUGAGAAACAAGCCGAAGGGACACAUCGUCGUUCCGGCGCAAGGCGAAAAGCCGGUUCGAGCGAAGACGGCUUACUUGAUCUUCUGCAGUAGGCACCGCAAGGACAUCAUGAGGCAGAUUCACAAGGAUCCGCUCGCAAAAUUCACGCGUGCUGAGAUGCAGCAAGUGACGACGACUCUGGCAGACAUGUGGAACAAGAUCUCUCCCUCAGAGCUCGCGAGUUGUAGGGAGGAGGCGAAAGUUGAGCUCGAGAAGUACAGAGCCCUCAAGGCUGAGUAUCGCGCUCCGGUUUACGGGCCGGCGAAGAAGCCGAAGGUGAACGUCAAGGGCGAAACAAAGCCGAAGAAGGCUCCGACCGCGUACCUUGUGUUCGCCGAGGAAGAACGCCAACGAAUUAAGUUGGCAGAGCCGGAACUCAAGCACGACGAGAUUUCUCAACGGCUUUCGCGAACUUGGAAAGCCAUCGACGAGAACGAAAAGAGGAGGUACCAAGCUCGCGCCGAAGAACAAAAGCAAAAUCUCGAGCGGCAAAGCAUACUUCCUUCCAACAGCUUGGCGGGCGAGCACUUGCCAAUGAUGAGUAUGGCAUCGUACGACAUUGACCCCAGAGCAAUCUAG